AGCUACCACUAAAACCCUUUCUCCUUCCUCGUUCUUUUCCAUGGAGCAGCCUGGAGAGCGAAGGAGACAACUACUUGUCGGCGGAGCAGCCAUGGCAGCUCCGGAAGCUCCUCUAUGUUACGUCGGUGUGGCUAAGAAAUCCGCCGCUUUCCGCCUCAUGAAACAAAUGGGAUGGGAAGAAGGUGAAGGCCUUGGGAAGGAGAAACAAGGGAUCAAAGGUCAUGUUAGGGUUAAGAACAAACAAGACACUGUUGGUAUUGGAUUGGAGAAACCAAACCCAUGGGCAUUUGAUACAACACAGUUUGAUGGGAUUCUCAAAAAAUUGAAAGUGCAAGCAACCCAAACAAAAAUUGACCAAGUUGACGAAAAGGAUGAUGACCUGGAGUUGGAUUCAGCAAAAGAAGAUAGUAAAACAACUAUCAAGGCUACCCGGCCGCAAGGAAGAUACAAGAGAAGAGAGAAAGGGAAGCAUGUCCAUGCAUACUCUGCUCAGGAUCUUGAAGGAAUCCUUGUAAAAAAGGUUGAGGAUAGUCCAGAUCCUGGGCCUGAGCCUUUCUGUUAUCAGGAUGGAGAUUUGGAUUUGGUUGAACCAUCUGAAAGCGACACUGUUAAUGUGAAAGCUAAAGAUAGAGAAGAGGUUUCCCCAGAGUGGUGGGGUAAUAAAUUCGGAUUUGUGUCCGGAGGUUUUCUUGGUGCUCAAUCCAGGAGAAGGAAGUCUAGCACAACUGAAGAUGCUCAAAUAUGUACCAAGAGGACAGUAUUUCAUGAGGAGGAUCAAGAGAAUCUUUAUAACCUUGUACAAGAUAAAGCAACUUCUGGAAAACAGGGACUAGGCAUCAAGGACCAACCAAGGAAAGUAGCAGGUGUUCGUUUCCAAGGAAAAAGAACAUCUUUUAGCGAGAACGAGGAGGAGGGAUCCGAGUCUGAAGAAGAUUGUCAUCCUUCAGCAAAACGGAAAUUUGAUGACAUGUCAGAAUCACAAAAGACCAUUGAAUCAAAACCGAAGCUAAAGAAGUUGUGCAAAAAGCUUCUUUCUCAAGUACCUGAGAAAUCAUUGAAACUUAAACAACUAAAAGCUCUUGUUGAUGAACAUUCUUCCAUUUUUUCCGACUUUUCUUCAAAAAAGGAUGCUCUUGGAUUCUUGAGAAAGAAGCUUGAAGGCAGUGAAACAUUUACCAUAGAAGGGAAAAGAGUCCGUCUUUCAUCAAAAUGAGGAAAAAGAUUUUGCUCUGUGGACAUUUGUUACUAAUUAUUUUUUAUGGGGUGAAUUUUGUAUCAAUUUGGAAGUUUUGAUGAGGGUUUUAUGUACAAGUGAUGUUGGUAACAAUUGCUCACGCUACUGAAUUCGUGCCAUCUAAUAGUUUAUGGUAAUACGUUGGCUUUUGU